AUGGCAAUCCGCUGUCCCUGCUGGUACACAUACAGGAACCGCAGCCAAAGCCCCGAACAGCGCGACAUCAACAUCAACAGAUAUCCAACGCCCUGCCGGCCCCUCCUACUCCCAGACGCAGAAGCAGAAUCUGAAACAGAAACUGAAGAAACAGAAACUGAAGAAACAGAAACUGAAGAAACAGAAACUGAAGAAACAGAAACUGAAGAAACAGACACAGAUAGCACCAUCUCUAUACCGAGACCAUCAACUCCGCGCCCACAAUCACCAUCACCACCAGCGAAUACCCAACUCCAUAUGUGUCCACCCGACCCCAGCCGCAGUCGCAGUCGGUGCCGGUGCCAGCGCCCAAAACGGGUCGAGUACACGGAGAGAACGUGGGAGUGCAAAUCUCAGUGUCCGCAACCGGCCGCUCGUCCUCAAUCCCAUGCUUACGCCCAAGCCUACGACCACGGCCACGCCCGCGCCUAUGCUCACGCUCAGUUCGAGAGGCGUCCGCAACCCGAAGCCAACCCUUGUUCCCGUCCCAGGUCGCACGAUGAAUGCGCGUGUCAGAUCCAGAUCCAACUGGACUGCCAGUGCCAAAUCCCGAGCAAGAGCCAAGACGACGCAUCACCGCAUUAUAUGUCUGGAGCCCGGGUUGACAACUCGCCGAACAUGACGGCCUAUGCGGCUGCUAUGGCCGGGCCGGGAGGAUGUGCGUAUGCGCAUGCUAUGGCGCAUGGUGACCUUGAUUAUUCCCGUUCAGAGGGAUGUGGUGGGAAAUGUGGUCUGACGAAAAGCCACAGUUAUGAACGUGAAUAUGCGCCUGCGAAAGAGCAGGAGAUCCAUUGCGUCUGUUGCGUUUCUGUUGGACCGCCUAAGAAGCGUCAAGAGGAGUGUGAAUGUGAGAGGAAUAGUCAUCGGCAUCGAGGGGUGUAUGCGUAUGGACCUCCAAUGCCACCGGUUAUUGUGGAUAGUGCGCGGGGAGGUUGUUGUUUCUUCAGAUAG